AUGCCUCCCCAGACGCGCAACCACUCGCCGGCUCUUGGCGGCAGCUCAACAAACGGCGACACCGCAAGCACCCCGGGCCCAUCCGCCGGUGACGUCAAACUCCGCCGCGCACACAGGAAAUCUCGCAAUGGGUGCAAAGAGUGCAAGCGGCGGCACGUCAAGUGCGACGAGACGCGCCCGACAUGCGUCAACUGUGCGACGGCGGAACGGCACUGCUCCUACCUCGACUCCCUGCCGGCAUCGGCCCGGUCAGCCGCCUCCGCCCAGCGAGGUCUCGCAGCCGGCCUCAGCCCGGCCAGCUCCGGCAGUCAGACCGGCGGCAUCGGCGGCAGCAACGGCGUCCCGGCCGUGGCGAGCUCGCCCUCCGUCACCGCCGUUGUCAACGACUUCGUCACGAGGAACGACGACGACCACGAGGUCGUCAGCCCCGCCAACGGCCAGUUCUUCACCCUGGAGCACAUGCGCCUCCUGCACCACCUCGAGACCAGCAUGGGCACCUUCAUGUCCGCUGACGAGUUCAUGAAGCCCCUCGUCGACAUGAACCUCGAGAACGCCCUCAACGCCCCUUACCUCAUGGACGCCCUGCUCGGCCUGUCCGCCCAGCACAUGGCCGAGCUGAACCCCUCCCGCGCCGACCACUAUCGCCACCAGGCCACCCAGCUGCAGACGCGCGCCCUCAUGCUCUUCAACGACGCCAAGGAGGAGAUCUCCGAGGCGACGUGCAUCCCCAUGUUCCUGUUCGCCUCCACCCUCGGCACCCACCUGCUCUGCGACACCCUCCGCGGCUACCGCCACGACUUCAACGCCUUCCUCGACCAGUUCGCCUGGUACCUCAACCUCCACCGCGGCGUCAGCACCGUCACGGGACGCUCGUGGCACAUCAUCCGCGAGUCUGGCGCAAAAGAGUUCAUCGACUUCCUGGAGACGACCCAGCCCUCCAAGCAGGCGCCCGAGGUCGACAUCCUGCACCGCAUGCUCGACCAGGCUGACCUGGGCCCGGCUUCGCGGCAGGCCUGCCGCGACGCCGCAGAGACCCUGCGUCACUCGUACGCCAUCUACCGCAGCAUCUCGGAGCGGAGCUCCCACCAGUCCGCCUCCGUCAUGUCCUUUGGCGUCCGCGUCACCACGGGCUUCAUCGACGUCCUCAGGCAGCGCCGCCCUGAGGCCCUCGUCAUCCUCGCCUUCUACGCCGUCCUCCUCCACUGGUGCCGCAACUUCUGGGUCUUUGCCGACGGAGGCGAGUUCUUGAUCCGGUCCAUCUCAGCCCACCUGGGCGACUACUGGUCGGAGUGGCUCGCCUUCCCCAUCUCCGUGCUCGAGGGGUACGCAAGAUGA